UUGUGUGCUAAAUAACCCCCGAAAGAAAAGUUUGAAAAACGUUAAUUGUACGCAAGACGCAGGACGCCAGUUCUUCCUAGCUCUGGAAAGCCGAGCAAAGUUCAGGCAGAAGGAGAAUCGAUGGAGGUCGCGGCUGUCGCCAACAUUCCCCUCUUUUCGUUCUCUAAAACCUUAAAAUUUAACAAGAAGCCCUAUUUCUUUCGUCGCCUCCCCUUGUCUCUAUCGCAAUGCCGGAGCAUGUCCGUGGGCUCAGCUACGGCAUUCGGGAGCAACAUCGAUCACCGAAGAUACAGGGAGCUGCUCUUGUUUUCCUACGUGGGAAACGUACUUCGGAAUGCCUCUUCUCUGGCCCCCGAAUCUGGCGGAUUAGCUCGCCUCUCUUCCUUAUCUUUCUCCUCCACCGCCGCCGGCGGGGGCGGCGCAAGGUUGGCCGUGUGUUGGGUGGAGGCGGCGGCGGCGGAUCUGGUGGAGAGGGCCGCGCAAAGUCCCUGGCUGUGGAAGCUGAGGAAGGCUCAUCUGCGGGGCCUGAUGUUAUUCUUCUCGACGUAGGAGGUAUGUCGUGCGGCGGAUGCGCUGCCAGUGUUAAGCGCAUCUUAGAAAGUCAACCUCAGGUAUCAUCAGCUACCGUUAACCUUGCUACCGAGACUGCAGUUGUUUGGGCUGUCCCUGAAGGUGAGGUAAUGCAUAACUGGCAAAAGCGAUUGGGCGUGAGACUUGCAUCCCAAUUGACCACCUACGGAUUCAAGUCAAAUAUUCGGGAUUCUGCAAGAGAAAGUUGGCAUAGAGUUUUUGAGAGGAAGAUGGAUGAAAAGCUUCAGCUUUUGAAACAAAGUGGUCAAGAUCUUGCAGUUUCCUGGGCUUUAUGUGCUGUUUGCCUCUUGGGACAUGCCUUUCAUUUCCUUGGAUCAAAUGCACCUUCAUGGGUCCAUGCAUUUCAUUCCACACCAUUUCAUUUGUCACUAUCAAUAUUUACUUUUGCUGGACCAGGACGAAGGCUUAUUCUUGAUGGAUUGAAAUGUCUAUCCAAGGGGUCGCCAAACAUGAAUACUCUAGUUGGUUUAGGCGCUUUAUCAUCUUUUGCUGUCAGUGCAGUGGCUUCCAUGUUGCCAAAACUGGGGUGGAAGACAUUUUUUGAGGAACCUAUAAUGUUGAUAGCUUUUGUCUUGUUAGGCAAAAAUCUUGAACAAAGAGCAAAAAUAAAAGCUACUAGUGAUAUGACUGGACUUUUAAAUAUUCUCCCUACAAAAGCACGCCUUAUUUUUGACAAGGAUUCGGGAGAUUCACCUUAUACUACAGAAGUUCCAUGCAGCAGUCUUGCUGUUGGAGAUCAAAUUCUUGUGUUUCCAGGAGACCGCAUACCUGCAGAUGGAAUUGUUAAAACUGGUAGAAGCACUGUUGAUGAAUCAAGCCUCACCGGGGAACCUAUGCCCGUGACCAAGUUACCAGGGACUGAAGUGACAGCUGGAAGUAUCAACAUAAAUGGUAGACUGACCAUUGAAGUUAAAAGACCAGGUGGUGAGACUGCGAUGGGAGAUAUAGUUCGCUUGGUGGAAGAGGCACAGGCAAGGGAAGCUCCUAUACAACGGUUAGCUGACAAGGUUGCUGGACAUUUUACAUAUGGAGUGAUGGCUUUUUCUGCUGCGACGUUCAUGUUUUGGGGUUUCUUUGGUUCUCAAUUAAUGCCAGCUGCUAUCCAACGGACUCCAAUUUCUUUGGCGUUACAGCUUUCAUGUAGUGUUCUGGUAAUUGCAUGCCCAUGCGCACUUGGACUAGCUACACCUACGGCUGUCUUGGUUGGGACUUCACUUGGAGCAACCAGAGGUUUACUUUUACGCGGUGGAAAUGUCCUAGAGAAGUUUGCAGAAGCUGACACUGUUGUAUUUGACAAGACUGGGACACUGACUAUCGGAAGACCAAUUGUGACCAAAGUUUUAGUUUCUUAUGAAGGGAAGAGUACAUAUGCAAGCGAUGAUAUACAAAACACGCCACACCAUGCUUGGUCCGAAAUUGAAGUUUUGAGAUUAGCUUCUGGAGUCGAAUCAAAUACCAACCAUCCACUUGGAAAAGCAAUUAUAGAUGCCGCACGUGUUGCUAACUGUAAUAAUGUGAAGGCUACAGAUGGAACCUUUAAAGAGGAACCCGGAUCUGGUGCAAUAGCCACAGUUGAGCGGAGAACAGUGACUAUAGGAACACUUGAUUGGCUUAGAAGGCAUGGAGUUGACUCAGAUUCGUUUCCAGAUGUUGAACUCAAUAAUCACUCAGUUGUAUAUGUAGGAGUAGAUAGCACUUUAGCUGGGCUGAUUUACUUCGAGGAUAAAAUAAGGGAAGAUGCUCGUGAAGUUGUUGAAAGGUUGUCGAAGGAAGGACUUGAUGUAUAUAUGUUAUCUGGAGAUAAAAAGAAGGCUGCUGAACAUGUAGCUUCUAUUGUUGGUAUUGACAAAGACAAGGUAUUUUCCGAAGUAAAGCCUGAGCAGAAAAGCAAUUUCGUUCGGGAGCUUCAAAAAAGCGGAAAAGUGGUUGCCAUGGUUGGAGAUGGCAUCAAUGAUGCUGCUGCGUUGGCUUUAUCUGACAUCGGGAUUGCCAUGGGUGAGGGGGUUGGUGCUGCUAGUGAUGCGUCUUCCAUAGUGCUUAUGGGUAAUAGAUUAUCACAGUUGACUGAAGCACUGGAAUUGAGCAAACAGACUAUAAAGACAGUGAGACAAAACCUAUGGUGGGCAUUUGCUUAUAACAUUGUUGGAAUACCUGUUGCAGCAGGCGCACUCCUACCAAUGACAGGGACCAUGUUGACCCCAUCUAUUGCUGGAGCCCUAAUGGGUCUGAGCUCUUUAGGAGUGAUGUCAAAUUCAUUGCUUUUGAGACUCAGGUUUGCUAUGAGUCAUAAGAAGACAAGCAGUGUGCACAAGUAUGAUAAAGGCCAGGGAUCUACAUCAGAUGUUUGUGUAGAUAUGAAUGAGUCUUCUGAGAAGCCAUACACACCGAAAUGGAGAAGCAGUUGUGUCUAGUAGGAGAAUCAUGAAAGUAUAAUACAGUCAAGCUCUGCACUGUUGCAGCCAUUUUCAUACAUGCUGCCUAAUUUAUAUGUAUUUACAUAUCGAAUACUUAAAUUUUAUCUUUUAUAUUUACACUACUCGGAUCUUUUAUAUAACAACGAAAGGUAUUGUCAUUUUAACUUCUAAAAAGUGAAAUGUACCUUUUAGAUAAGGUGGCAUGAAUGUAAAAAUUAGAGCUUGUGUUGGAUAUGUAAUAUGUCAAUCUUACAGUAGUUGUGUUCACAUACCUAAGUACA